UCAAACAAUGGGUGAAGAAGAAGCUGCUACUCUUGAAGGGCAGUUCUAUGAAUUCUCCAGGUUACUAGAUAACAAAAGAGAUGGAACUACUAUAACAUUAUAUAGAUCAGACUAUUGGAUGCGGCAAGCAAAAAUAUUGGAGGAUAGAAAGUUGACUAUGACGGACACGGGGAUAUUAUUUAACAAAUUUUGUAAGUCAGAAUUGAAUUGGGAUGAAUGGAAUGAAUUCUUGACCGAACUCUGUCAAUUAAAAGGCAUAGAUGAAGAAAAAUGUCGAGAGACCUUAACAAAUUGUGGGCUUCCUGGACAAACUCCUGUGGUCGUGCCUCAAUAUAAAGAUUUCUUCUUAACUUAUAAGCCUAAAGAAAAACUGCCAUUUUAG